CAGCCCUUAUGAUCCUUGGCUUUGCCUUCAUGCUGUAGGGUUGUUGGCUGAUUGUCGCCUUCUGAUUCCUUCCUCUGCCUCUUCUAUAGACCAACUAUUCAAGAACAGCUUAGCUGCGUGAUGCUAUCUGUAUUCUAGGUAGGCCCACGCCGUGGCUAGUGGGGCACACAUCGGACUCGGACAAACAAUCGGCCGUCCUGCCUGACAUCUGGAAGGCAAGGAUCCGCUCCUGUCCUGCCACUUCCCAGCAAUGAUCAGCACUUGCCGGGGACGCAAUGAAAGGUCUUCGUAUAUUUCUCAUCUUGGUCAGUGUCAGAAAUGUCAUGCUGGUUGCACCUCCUGAAAACUUGACCAUCCUCUGUCAUAAUGGCAUAAACAUUGCCUACUGGAACCACUCUGGGUCUUCUACAGAUGUUUUGUUCUCAGUGAAGGUCACCGGAUACAUGGAUGGUGAAACCAUUUUUAACAGCACCACAUCAGAACACCAUAUCAACAUGUCAAAUGACACAGUGCCUAGAGGGGAUGACGCAUACUUUUUUUCCUUGACUGCCUGGGAAGGACUCAACAGUUCGGCUGAAGUCUAUAAAGACUUCAGCUAUGCCAGUGAUUAUGAUUAUGCUGCUAUUCACUGUUUUAUGGCCUUACCCAGUCUGAACUUGAUGAUUGAAACCGAUGGGAUUAAAUUCAGUUUUGCCCAUCCACAAUACAAGCAGAAUGCCAUCUACUACACUGUCAACACCACUCAUGAUAAGCACGAGCUAGAGUGCUCCCUGGUGGAUGAAGUGUGUCAUGGCCAAAUCCAGCUGAGUGUUGACUCUAUAGAGCAAUGCACCACUCUGGAGGUAGAGGGAGCCAGUGGCGGCAUUCGCUAUAAAACGUCCAAGGAAGUAUGCAUCCAGGUUCCUGAGAAUGGUCCUUGGCCCAUCUUUCUGUCUGUGGUGAUCUGUGUGAUAGUCCUUGUCACACUUGUGGGUAUGCUCCUCGGUGCACAGAAAAUGAUUAAGACCGUGAUUGAACGCUCCAGCCACUAUGUGCCGGUGUCUUUAAGACCCAGGCGAACACCAGGUGCCCCAUGCAUUCUGCAGCCGGAGGUUACCGUUUCUAGUUGCGCCCAGGCAGGGAGCACUCCUCUGCUUCAGUUGCCCGAGGACUCCCCCGUAGAGACCUCAACUGUCAUCCCACUUGACGGCUGCCCCGAGGAGACCCACUUCCGCCUCCCUUCUCCUGCCCGGUCCAGCGACGAUCAGCCCGGGGACAGUUACGAGGCUCGCCUCAAGGACGACCUUGAGCCUGAGCCACGACCGCAGCAUGAGCGCGAUGAUGGCAGCGACGAUGACGGCUACAUGCAGAGAGCGAGAAUUUCCGAUACCUCAGAGAGCUCUCAUAGCUCCGUCUUCGAGAUCGAGUUCGAGAUCGCCCCGGAAGACCUGGUCAGUGGUUAUGGACCUCGCUAGCUCCAGAGCCGAGCCUUGGUGACCUCCUCCCUCUGAUAAACCCUCAUAUACAGUAGGGUGCCUCUCAUUUGGGCUUUUAUACGUCCCCCCCUCGCUCCUCGGGCCUCGAUCCUCACUGAUCUACAUAAAGAAUGAUGGGGGCGAAAACAAUGGGACAGUCUAUCCAGUGUUAGUUAUAGAUCAGUGGGAACGCCCCUCGAGGAUCGAGGAGAGUGUCAAGGACCCAGGGUACCCAGCCCCCUACCCCCACACAUCAUCACCUUCCGACCUCCCAGUGGGGUGUCCUUCAUUCCCAGGCUCACGGGCUACUGCACAUACAUGUACGUGGCGUCAGUCUCCAUCUCUACUCCUCUUACUUGAGACUUCUGGCUGCACAUCAUAACCUGCCAACAUCACCUGCUGGAGCUUGGCUUUCCUGCAGCUUACCAUUAUUACAAAAGACUGUGGGAUCCCAAAGGGAAUGUGAAAAUGCAUACAGUACAUACAGUAUACCCUCGUAUGAUAUGUGUGUUUUCUGUGCAGUUAAUAACCACUCUGUCUUACAGACACAUUUACAUUUUCCUGCACGGCCAGUGCAGAUUCAUGUUGUUUAUAUGAGAGAUGUGUACAGAUACUGUAUGUGACUGUGUGUGUGUGUGUGUGUGUGUGUGUGUGUGUGUGUGUGUGUGUGUGUGCGCGUGUGUGUGUGUGUGUGUGUGAGAGAGAGAGAGAGAGAGAGAGAGAGAGAUAAGAGAGAGAGAGUUAUGUUGCUGAUUGAUUGAAUAGUUUGUCUGAAUGUCUGCAAGUGUUUUGAAUAUACUGUAAUUUCGCAGCGAAAUUUGUUCAGCUAUGGGAUUCAUACACUGCCCUGUGGUUUAUACACAAUGUGGCUAAUACACAUGAAAUUACUGUAGUGAUGGACAUUUUGUUACUUUUUUUAUAAGCAUUGCUGCUGAACUACAGCUGGCUUUGUUCUUGCCCGGCUUUUUUUAUAUAGAUUAUUUCAUUGUGCUUUUUUAUAUUUUGGCUUUAUUUUGUACAUGACGAUUUGUAAAUAAAAGAGACUUUAUAGCCAUA